AUGGCUACGGCGGAGGGAGAAGGACCGGAUGAGCGCCUCAGUGAUAAUUCCCAUCGUGAUCAGACUAUUGUAAGGGAUUUCACAUCUCCACUGAAUUCCUCUCACGUAUCUCCGCACUGUGCUCUGUCACUGACAAUAUGCAGCCUUCUACGAAUCGACGACAUCAUGGCCCAGGAAAUAAGAUACCGAAUCGGUCUCCGGUGUAGAACGGACCCGUUCCUUGACCAGCUGGUUCCGACCGACGCAACCCACGUGCCUAUUAAGGUUUAA